UGCCGCCUUUUUAAUAGAUACGGAAAAGGGGUUACGAACACAAGUUUCUAGAUUUGUUAGCAGAAGCCCUAGAUCCGAAGGAGGACGAAUCGUCUGACUGUUGGCGACCGUUCAUCGGUCGAGAUCGUCACCAGAGGCAUCUUCCUACGAUCUGACGAAGAGUUGCUUUCAUUUGUUUUUCUUUUAUUUCUAUCUACUUUUUAUUCUUCUUCCUGUUCCUGGCGUCUCUGUUCGGUGUGAGGAUUAGGGUUUGAUGAGGUGUCGGAUUGUGGGUUCUUGAAUGAACUGUUAAUCAGGCCUUGAGGAGUCAGGGCUUUCUUUCUCAAGGAGGCAUUUCGGUUUUUUGGAGGAUAUUACAUUGGUGGGGGUGAUGGCGGUGGAGGGAGGCGAGCCGGAAUUGCCGCCAAAUCCUGCGGGGAUCUCUGUGCAGGACGAUGAUGAAGCCGAGUAUGAAAGCGAUUCCGAGGCCGUCGUGCCGUUGGCGCUUCGGCGGAGAGAGGCGAGCGACGAUGAAGACGGGGAGGAGGAGGAGGGCCGUCGGAGAAGGGAUCGGCGCGUUGCUGUAGAAUCGGAGGGGGAUUCCGACGCGGAGGGCAGGCCUGCUGCGUAUGAAGAGGAAGAGGAGGUGGAGUUGGAGGGAGAGGGGGAGGAACGGGAGGAGUUUGAGGAGGAGGAAUUGUUGGAGGAAGAGGACAUCGGAGAAGGAGAUGAUGUGGGAGAAGGGGUGGCUCAGGAAGUGACGCUUGUGGCUAGUAGGUCAGGCGAGGAAGGAUCGCGGGACAGGGAGAAUGAAGCCUCACCUGCAGAACAGGAUUUUCACGGAAAGAAUCGCGCAGCAGGUGCAGCUGAGGACAAGAAGGAGAAUGAACCGUUCGCCGUGCCUACUGCGGGGGCUUUUUACAUGCACGAUGAUAGGUUCCGUGAUAGUGGUGGGGCUCGCCAUAGGCGUAUUGCUGGUGGACGGAAGUUGUGGGAAUCCAAGGAUGAUAGGGCGUGGGUGCAUGAUAGGUUUGAAGAAAUGAAUAUGAAAGAGGAGCAAUACAAUGAGAAAAGAAGAGGUUCCAGAGGACAUUUUAGAGGACGUGGUAGAACUGGAGGAAGAGAACGGGGUUUUGCUCGAGGAACUGGACCUAGAUACUUUGAUGAAAAUAAGACCAACAGGACUCUCAAUCAACCACAGCGGAUUGUCAAAGGUAGAGGACCAAGGAAGUAUGAUCCUGCAAAGAACAAGAUGGAUACCCUGUCACCACGCGAUAAGCAGCCUGUGAGAUUGAAUGAUACAAAUGCAAGUACUGGUGGGGGGAGAUCAUCUCCAGCUACUCCUACUUUGCAACCUGAGAUGGUGCCUGCACGAAAACAUGUUUUUGCCUCAAGCUUAAAUUCUGCUUCUCCUCCCUUCUAUCCAUCUGGUCAAGAUAUUUCUUCUACACCAAAAAGGCAUAUACAAGCUGGAAAUGCUGGGAGAAGUACAACAAACUCUGCUAACUCUGUAGAUGAAAAUGGCAUGGGUUCAAACACUAAUAUAUCAAUGCGUGGAAAGGCAGUUGUUGAUUCUAUUGGGCAGGACGAGAUACAAGUUGACCAAUCUAUGCAUCCUGUUAUUGAGAAGGCAUUGCCUAAUGUCCAAGUGCAUGCAUCUGGAUCUUCUCCAUCUGUUAGUGGUGCUCAGUCUUCUCAAACCAAGGUUCAGGGAAAGGGGUUAGUAGUCUCUGGACAGAUGAAUUAUCCAGUUGCUCCGUCUUCUGGUACAAUGAACAGAAUUUCUACUCAAGCACCUGUUCCAGCUCAGCAAAGACUUGUUCAAGGUCAAUCAACUCUAAGGUCUUCUAUUCAGCAGCUGAGCCAGCGUCCUGGGAGUGGACCUCAGGAAUCAUCUUCAUCUCAAGUUUCAUCAGUUGCAAGCUUGCAUGAAGUUGAUGAAGUGGAAUCUCCCGAAGGUUCCAGUAAGUCUAAGCUUUCAUUCUCUGGAACGGGAAAAGUCGCUCCUCAAGGAAAUGGAAAGGCCUCCUUCCUGUAUGGUGGUGCACAGGUUAUUGGAUCCACAAAUGCAGAGGCAGGUGGCCGUGGUGAUCAAACCUUUCCUCCAACUCCUGCACUUUUGCCUGUUAUGCAAUUUGGGGGACAACACCAUGGUGGCCUUGGAGUUCCUGCUGUUGGCAUGGCAUUCCCUGGAUAUGUAGGGCAACCACAAGCAGGAUUUGGAAAUUCUGAGAUGACAUGGUUACCUGUUCUUGCUGGUGCUGCCGGAGCUCUAGGAGCCUCAUAUUGUUCUCCUUACUUUGCUUUUGAUGGUGGAUACUAUAAUCGCUCAUCAGGGCAAACAUCGUCGGCCAGUUCCUCAAGAGAUUCCACUUCUAGCAAGUCAGCUAACACAUGGAAAACUCCACACAAACCUGUAGAGGUAGUGAAUGAUGAAUUUGGCCAAAGGCAAAAUAAGCCCCGCAGAUAUUCUGAAAUGAACUUUGGCCAGUGAGCUACAUAAUACGAGUGCUUUGGAAUAAAAAUGUGAAGGUUCUGUAGGGUUCUCUAUCGGCCCUUGGUGGUGCAUGGCUUUAUCCAGGACCACUUUGGGCAGUAUCACUACUGAAACUAUUAUAGAGUGAACUGAAAACUUGCUUGGCCAUCGUUCAUCAAUGUGUUGCCACGGUCAGACUAUUUCUGUAUCAAAUGUGGACAAUCAGAUUUCUUCCAUUGCAUUAUGCCGUCCAACCUUUUACAGUGUGUGCAGAGUCAGUUAUCGUACAUCUGCAGUGGCUGAUACGUGUAUCGUUUCUAGCUGCAUGGGUGGUCAUUUCUGUUGCCGGGUUUGGCUUGUGAUUCACUGAAGUUUGUGCAAAGACGUGGGUGUAACUUCCGUUCUCUCUCUCUCACUGUAUCUCUUGUUCUUUUCUUUGAUAUAACCUCUCCCAAUACUGAAUGCCAAGAAGCAUUUCCAUUGUUAUGUCUAUUUAACAGCAAGUAUUUGAGUUUACUAUCUCUUCUGAUGUUGAGGUGGCUGGUUGUUGGAGAUUUUCUUUUCCAGUUCUAACUCGCCGGGGAUCCACCGAUUCUGUGCUGCGUGUUCCACGUUAAAUUUUGAAUAAAAAGAUGUAUAAUCUUGUUUA